ACCUUCAAGACAGAGGAGAGACUCUGUGCUUUGUUUAUCUUUCCUCCUACUAUGAACAGGUUAUAGCUGACAGGGUGAGUUGCAAUAUAAUACUUAUCAAAUGAGUGUACAGUGCAGCACAUAGAGCUAGUCUAAAGUAGAACCAUUGUACAGAUAGUGACAAUGGUAUUGUAUGUGUGGGGAGUGGUGAUUGUGUGCUCCCUACUACUCACUCAUCACAAUGGCGCACUAUCAAUGGGCCCCACUGAAAAGAAACACUACAAGGACAAGGUUCUGGAGAUGUUCAAUCAUGCCUACCGUUCAUACAUGGACUUUGCAUAUCCUGCUGAUGAGUUGAUGCCACUGACGUGUAAGGGGCGUGUCCGGGGGGUGGAGCAAGGACGAGGGGACAUUGACUUUACCCUGGGCAGGUUCUCCCUCACCCUCAUAGACACACUGGACACUCUGGCUGUAAUUGGUUCGGUUGAUGAGUUUUCCUCGGCUGUACAAAAAGUCAUGACAGACAUUAGCUUCGACAGUGACUUGGUGGUAUCAGUGUUUGAGACCAACAUACGUGUGCUAGGUGGUUUACUGGGAGGUCACUUUGCUGCCCUGGCUCUCAAAGAGAAGGGCUACCAUCAGUUGGCUUGGUAUGAUGGGGGGCUGCUCAGAAUGGCAGUGGAAGUGGGGAACAGAUUACUGCCUGCUUUCAACACCACUACAGGUCUCCCCUAUCCAAAGAUCAACCUUCGCCACGGUAUGGGCUACCCUAACAUGGAGAAGACAACGUGCACGGCAUGUGCUGGGUCCAUGAUCCUUGAGUUUGCUGCCCUCAGUAGACUAACAGGUGAUCCUCAGUUUGAGGUGAAAGCCCACCAAGCAAUGGAGGCAAUCUGGCGUAGUAGACACCGAGGGCACAAUCUGGUUGGCUCAGUCAUUAACGUACACAGUGCUGAGUGGACGAGAGUGGAUAGCGGUGUGGGGGCGGGGAUUGACUCAUACUACGAGUACUGUCUCAAGUCUUACAUCCUGUUUGGGGACAGGAAGUAUCUGCAGAGGUUUGGGAAGCAUUAUGAUGCCAUCAAGAGAUACAUCACGAAUGGGCCCAUGCUAGUGGAGGUGAGCAUGAAUUCACCUCAUCGAAUGACUAGAUCUUUCAUGGACUCACUUCUGGCGUUCUGGCCUGGCCUACAGGUUCUGUGGGGUGACGUAGACACAGCUAUACACAUUCACGACAUGCUUUAUCAUGUGAUGGAGAGACACAACUUCCUACCCGAGGCAUUCACUCAUGACUUCAGGGUCCACUGGGGAAACCACCCUCUCAGGCCUGAGUUCAUUGAGAGCACUUACUUCCUUUACAAGGCGACUGGAGAUCCAUACUACCUGGACGUGGGUCGAUCAGUGGUGAACAACUUGAACAAGUACGCCAGAGUGAGGUGUGGCUUCGCUGCCAUCAAGGACCUCAGGACCAACGCUCACGACGACAGAAUGGACUCCUUCGUACUGGCUGAGACGUUCAAGUAUCUGUUCUUGUUGUUUGCUGACAAGGGGGACAGUCCCCUGAACAUGGAUGACUUUGUGUUCACGACUGAGGCCCACCUCUUCCCCCUCUCCCUCGCCAGCGCUAACACCACCCUCAAUAGAGUCGUCCAAGAGGCAUUACUGGUGAAGAACACAGACCUGGUGAAUAUGAGCACUGUCACUGUUACCACUAGCGGACCAGACUCUUCAGGGAAGGCAGCAAAGAACAAACCAGUCGCUGACAGCUUCACUAAAGGUUCACUGAAACACACACUAGACACCAUGUACAGUAGUAGCCAAUAAUCCUGUCUAGUCAGCACAGUUGUAGUUGUUUAUAAUUAUACACCCCCUCACACCCACACACACACACACACACACACCACACACCAUGAAUUAAGUAGCUACUGUAUUUGUCUGGAGAUGGUUUCCAAACUUGUAUACCUCCAUCACUAACCCCCCCCCCCCCCCCACACACACACACACACACAGGCGUCUCCUGUUCACUGACGAUUAUUAUACACCCCCUCACAUCCACACACACACACCACGCACCAUGAAUUAAGUAGCUACUGUAUUUGUCUGGAGAUGGUUUACAAACUUCUACACCUCCAUCACUAACCCCCCCCCCACACAUACAGCCGUCUCCUGUUCACUGACGAGAGUGUCCUCCCUCACGAGGUAGGUAAAGGAGAGGCUGCUGUCAAAUAAUAUAAGAGGACAAAGCAAGGGAAAACUCCACCCACUCAAUCAGCGGUGGAUUAUAACGAGCAGGGGCCCACUCAUGAUGUGUGUAGUUCAUGGUUCAUCGAGCCAGUACAGUGGAUGGAAAGCUCUCUACUGGGCAAAGUGGAGGGGAAGAUUCUGUGUCUCAAGUGCCCAGCUCGUUUGGGGUCAUUCAACUGGUCAGGUGAUCAGUGCUCGUGUGGGCAGUGGGUCACGCCCUGCUUCCAGAUACACAAGGCACGAAUAGACGAAACCAGAACACUCACUAGGAGAAGUGGACAAAACUGUAUAGCUAGCAAAUUACUGAAUUAUUGUCCAAAUUCAAACAUUAAUUUUUUUCGAUCAUUUGAAGGUUUAUU